CACAGCUCGUCCAUGUUGUUGCUGUGCUCGUAAAGUCUCCGCCGCAGAUACUUUCACGUUCAAAUGGUCAAAAUGGUGAAAUACUAAACAUUAAAUGCACUCUCCGGGUUUGUAGUGAGACUCCAAAGCGGGACGCGCCGUCCAACAUGGCAGAAAACACUCAGGAUUGUGAUUUCGAUGAAUAUGACAAGCCUGGUGCUGAGCGGUUACGCAGGAGGAGAGGGGAAGAUGACGAUCUUGGGAGUGAUUUGGAGGAAGAUUUGCUGGGGGAGGAUUGGCUCUCAGGGAAAAAGAAUCCCUCAGAAGUGUCCGACGAAGAGCUGAAUGAUGACCUCCUGCAGAGUGAUGAUGAAGAAAUAAACAUGAGCGGUCAGGAUGUAAGCCUCAAUGCCACAUUCAGCUUGGGUACGUCCUACGAGCAGCAGGGCGGCUUGCUGGUAGCAGCGUACACAGAUGACGUAGUGAACCUGGAUGAAGAGGAGGGAUACACACAGAAAUACAUUCAAGACAACAACAACACGCCUGAAGAACAAAUGGAUUACUCUGGAGAGCUAGCACAGGGUGACGACGGCUACCAGGAUGAAGUGCUAGACAUCCAAAUCAAUGAGCCCAUAGAUGGUGAAUUUCAAGAUGAUGAAUACCAAGCCUCCUAUGAUGACGGGGGUCUGGGCGAACAUGGAGUCCAUCAGGAGGCCCCCGAGGAGCUGGAGGAGCCCGGGAGGGAGGCUCAGCAGGAAGAGGAGGAGGAGGAUGCCGAUAGUUCCCAGGUCUUUGACAGCGAGGAGGUCGAAAACGAAGCUGUGGCUGCAGAAGAAGCAAAAGAGGAAUCAGACGAGGAGGAUGAGGAGGAUGAAGAGUCCGGUCGCAUACGGUUCAAAUCUGAGAGGAAGGAUGGCGCUGUGGUGCGGCUGGCUGAUGCAGGAAGUAGCAGGAGGAAUAUUCCAGAAACACUAGAACUGUCCGAGAAGGCUAAGCAGGAUCUGAUGGAGUUUGAAGAGCAGGAAAAGCAGAAGAGACAGAACCGCUACGGAGGCCGAGGCAUGAGAGGGGGAAUGCGAGGAGGCAGAGGAGGAAGAGGAGGAGGAGGAGGAGGAGGCUACCCAUCUUUUGGAAUGGGAGAUUUCAGAGGAGGAAACAGAGGGAGGAUGAUAGACCAGAGGCACUCUCUGAUGGGAGUGCCUAUGAGCAUGCAGCAGCAAUCUUCUCGAUUGCCCCUUCCUCCUCCUCAUCAGCAGCAGCAGCAUCAGCAGCAAAUGCACUCGCAGCAUCACCCUUUGCGUCCGAGAGGUCCUCCCCCCUUCCAGGACCACGGGCGCCCGCUGGCCCAGCAGCCCCUGCAGCCCCUCAUCCCCCCACACAUGGCUCACCGCUCCCCUCCCAUGCGGCCCCAGAUGGAGCCACCACCACGGAUGAUGAGCUCGCCGCCACCCAACUUCCCCCAGCAGCACCACCAGCAGCAGCCGCCCCCUCCACAGUCCAAAAACAUCCACAUUAACCCCCAUUUCAAAGGGCCCACUUCCUCCUCUGUGCAAGUGCCCUUGAUGCCUCCUGCUCAAAGCCAACCCAGACCUGCUGUGGGCCCUCAGAGGUUCCCUGGACCCGGAGACUUCCAGCAGCACAUGUCUGGCAAUUUUGGCCAGCCCCAGCGGCCCCUUCAUCACAUGGAGCCCUUCAGGAACCAGCCAUCGCAAGGCCCCCAAGACCGAGAGCCCCUCUUUAUGGGCGAGCGUGCAGAGUCAACACGGUUUCCAGGGCAGCACAUGUUUGACCACCAGGGCCCCAGUCCUCUGAUGAACAACAACCACAGUCUCCACCAGCAGCAGCAGCAGCAGCUGCCGGGUCAGGGCCACAUGGGGUUCGGCCCGCCAGGACCUGCUUUCAACCAGCAGGGCCAGAGUCCACUAGGGCUUUUCCAUAGAGAACCCCCAAGAACCAACCUCCCUCCACACCAGGGGCAUCAGGGGAUGGUCGGGAUGAAUCAACAAGGCGGCCCCCCCAACCAGCCGAGACCCUUCAUGGGCCCUCGGCAGCCGUUUGGCCAGCAGGGGAACCUUUUCCCCCCUCCAGAAGUCCAGUUUGGGAUGCAGGUACGACUAAGAGGCUUAAUGGGGCCUCCUGUCUCCCAGCUCCCUCAUCACGAUCAAAUGCCCCCCCAUCAGCCCAUGCACCAGCAGCAGCAGCAGCAGCAGCAGCAGCAUCAUCACCACAGACAGGACUUACCCCAUCAUCAGCACCAACAUCCAAACAUCAACGAGCCUCGCCCCAUGAUGCACCAUGGCCAGAACCCCUUCCACCAACAGCAGGGACACGGUGGGCCCCGGCAGAUGAGCCCCCGCCCGCAGAACCCACAGCAGCGCAACAUGGGCAACCGGCAGAGGAUGAACUCGCCCAUCUCCAAGCCAAUGCAGCAUCGCAACAGUAACCUGCGGGAGCUUCCCGUAGCGCCUGCCAACACCAACAUGAACAGCGGCAACGCCCGACCCGCCGCCAACAUUCGGCCAGUUGCCAAGGCAACACCAGGGGUGCGUCCAGGGCAGCCGAUGCCCGACGGAGGAAGAGGACGAGGAAGGGGCCAAGCCGCUGUCAAGAUGGACACGCAGCAGCAGCCCAGGACGGUGGGACGGAAGGAAAUCCCAAGAACACCUCAGGACCCUAACGAGGACGAAGAAACCCGGCAGUACCGUCUGAAGAUCGAGGAGCAGAAGCGUCUGCGGGAGGAGAUCCUGAAGAGGAAGGAGAUACGACGGCAGAUGCAGGCUGGCGUCCGGAAGAAGGAGCUGCUGGACAGGAUCAGCUCUCAGACUCCCAGCCAAGGCCCGACGCCACAGAGUCAACCUGCACAACCAAACCAGCAAACACCACAACCUGUACAACAACAACAACAACCACAACAACAACAAAGACCACCACAGCAGCAGCAGCAGCAGCAACAGCAGAGACCGUUGCCUCAGAGACCCCCUCAACCAUUAAAUCAGAUAUUUAAGAACCCCAAUCAAGCCAUCCCUCCUAACGGCAGUCCUCAGAUCCUCAUGCCACGUCCCAACGUCAAGGCCCGCCUGCAGAUGUUGAAAGGCAAUGCCCAGCAGCAGCAGCAGCAGACCCCCCCUGGGCUUCUUCCAGACCAGCAAUGGACUCAGCAAAACGUGCAGCAGCAACGGAGGAACAGUGUGCAGAACCGGCCUGGUGUUCAGGUACAGCCGGUUCCCCAGAAGAACAUCCCUUUGACCCCCCCUGUGGGACAGAUUCUGACUCUUGCUGUAGGACCUCAACCAGGGGCUAAGAGAACCGUCAUGCAGCGGACCAAGAGCCUGGAAGAGCAGCAGGUGCCCCAGAAAGUCAGAGUCGUCAAACUUUCCGGAGCGGGUGCAGGAGUUGGUAGCCCAGUGCAGCAGCAGCAGCAGCCAGGCACCUGGUCGACCCCACCACUGAACCAAAGGAAGGUAACCUUGGAGGGGCCACAAGGACCAGGAGCUGCACCGCCCGCUGGACGAGGGAUCAGCCCACAGCAGAACAGGGUGGUCGUGUCGGGACGGGGUCGAGGGAGAGGGGUAGGUCCCGUGGGUCGAGGUCGUCCAAUGUCCACUAGACAGAGUCCGAGAGGCGCCGUCGAGACCGAGCGCUGCACCGUGUCCAUCGAGGGCCUUUCCUCGUCCACCACUGACGCACAACUGCAGAACCUCCUCAAGUCUAUCGGCCCCAUAGAGAUGUUCAAAAUGAUGCCCCAGCAGAGGAAAGCAGUCGCCAAGUUUUCCAACUCCCAGCAUGCCACAAGUUUUCAGAUGAGCUUCCACAGGCACAUGAUUGAUUUGUCUCACAUUGAUGUGUCGCUGAUUGACGGAUGAGGAGUGCAGUACAAGGACCCUCCUUCUCCCAGCUUGGGAGCCUCUCAGCGGACAGUCCCUGCGCAGAAGCAUCAUCCUUCUCCUAUAAACUUGGGACAAUAACUCUGUGGUCCUAUCGCGAGUAUGCCAUUGUUUGACUUUGUUGUACAAAUGGCACCCGGAGAGAGACAGUUAGUAAUCCUGCUUUGAUGUGAAUGUUUUUGUGCAUCCUACACAGACACUAAGUGGAACUUAUCAUGGGGUAAUGGUUGCUCCCCUCCCCCAGUUAGACUCAGUAUAAAAACUAAACCCUUAAACUCCUCAUACCUCUUUAGAAGUUGUUUCUCAUCCGUUGUUUCGUGCAGGAAAGGGCCAGACUUUUCUCGUGGCAGUGCUUCUUCCCGCCUCUAGGUGGCUGUGUUUCAUCACUCAUUUCUUUUACAACUCAAACUCAGAUUUAGUCUUUUGGUUAAAUGGCGCCAUCUAGUGGAGAGGUGGCGGCAGUGACUGGAUGGUAAACUGAGUUAGGUUCCCCGUGUUUUUUAGGAUUUGUAAAUGCUGUUGUGCUUGUAUAUUUUGUGGUGUUUAUUUAGUUUCAGUGGGACAGAUUUGUUAGGAUUAUCUCGGUCAUUUGGCGUUCCUCCUUGUUCUGACAGAAUAUUUUAGCUGUUCCCGGGGAUCUAUUUUGGAGUAUCUUUCAACCUGUAUAUUUUAGUUGCUAGGUGGAUUAUGGAGUAGUUGGAUUUAGACUUGCAAGGUUGAUAACUGCAUUUAAUUAAUCAGAUUGAAUUUUCGUUUUCAGUUCUCUUCUCUGCCAGGUCAUGCAUUGGGCCUCUUCUGUUCUGGGACGUCUAAUUUAAAUCAGCUUGAAUAUAUUUUGAUGAUCCGGUGCCUUAUCGCGGAGCUGCAUGCUGUAUAUCUGGAGUAGCACUUUGAGGGUUUGCCUUCAGACGAAGCUGUAAAUGAAAACUCACCUUAGUACUUUGGACCCGUUAAUUGAACCCAUUAAUUCCAAUCAUCCUUGAUCAUAUUGAUGCUGCACCCCCGCAUAAAGAUGCCUUUCUUCAUGAAAAUUUGUCUCCAAUGCAUUUUAAUUUUGACUGAACCCUCGUUUGGGAAGUGCUGCCACAUCACGGGGGAGAUUCCUUUACUUUUUGCAUAAUUUACACAAUGUUUUUUGUCUAUUUCGGCUUCAAAGUGCGUCAGUUAUUUUUAAAUAUACCAGUGUUUCCUUCAUAAGAGAAAGCCCAGAAGUGAGGGGGCAACCAUUAUCCAUGUAGUCAUCAUGUACAUAAAACAAAACCCAGACCUUUCUCUCAAUAUCUAUCCCGUUGAAAGCUUUUUUUUUUAUUCUUUACUUAUGUUGUAUCAUGUUUUUACAUGUAAUGAUUUUGCUGUUGUGUCCAGACAUAAAUCAUUUUACUAGUGUUUUGUUUCUAAGAAGAAAAAUGAGGAGUGCCUGGACCACAUUUCUGUUUAUACGACCGUACAGUUUAAGGGAAAUAAAAACAUGGCCAAUAUACCGUGAACAUGCAGGUAUGUGAAGCCGGUUCAACUUUAGCCCAACGACGUGUGGUUGUGUGUGAUGUCCAUGGUGCCUUUUUACGGUGAAUAGCCUUUAUUCAUGCUGCCUUUUUUAUGCCUUAAUUACUUAAAACAUACACUUAAAAGCACCAAGAGAUACUACCUCGUAUAGAUUGGGGGGGAUGCCACUCAAUUUGGUGGAUUUAUAUUGCCAAUUUAACUGUGAUGUCAUACUAAUGUCCAGCUCUCUACGAUCCAGACGUUAAGUAUAAGGCAAAGUAAAGGUAGCCACGUUUAAAUUUGGAGGGUUACUAUUGGUGAGUCAGCUGUGCAUCUGGAUGACAUCACAGAUUAUGGGUUAAAGACAUCCAUUUAGUGGUGGAUUUGAAAAUAAGUCAAAAUCCAACAUUUUAAAACCAGUUGCACAUCUGGAUGCCUCCCAGUAAAGGGUGGUGCACGGAGUCUGAGAAAUGUUGGGUAACGUCAGGGAAUGUGUUCUUCCUCCUUGUAAAACUGGAAGUCUGUACGGUGGUUCUCUCAACUGCCUUUCUGUGUUUCAUCAUUGUGUUUUGAGUGUUAUGUUCCCUAACGAUGUGAUGUCCUUCAUGUUGUGGGUUUUAUUUAAGUGUUAUAGUAAAUCCUGUGGGUUUAAAGAGUACCGGCCAUGCCAGUGAUACAAGUACAAGACUUCUGACCUCUUGUAGCGACAGACCAGAUUCAUAUUGGAUCUUUUGGUACCUUAUUUUAAGUACACAUUCGUACCUCAAGCUUUUAGAAAUGGUGCGUCCAGAUGGACUGGAAGUUAACAAGCAUGUGGUUGUAGUUUAAUGCUGGACUAAGAAAGGCUCAUCUUUUGUGAAUGGGUGUUUCUUGUGCUCUCAUUCUGGCUGCUAGUAUCACGAUGAUAGGUAGUAGGAUGGUUUUUAAAGCGCUAUCUCACAGCUUCUUCUCCACAGGGGAUCCAGGGUGGAAAUAAUCUUCCUUUUGCUUUCUCUUCAGGUCACGUCUCAAGAGCUGCGGUUGCAAUACCCCAAAGACUAAAUGAAAAGGACCGUACGAAAGGUUUUGCGUGUUUGAAAUGAACAAAUUUGGGUAGAAACGGGUUCCAACUUAGAGGCAGAUGUUGGGUUUAGUUGAUUCUACCAUGAUCAACCUACCCUUAAUUGGCUUUUACGUAAUUGAUUUCCUGUUGAGGUGUUCCUGCAAAGCGCCUCCGAUGUAAUCAUUCCACAUUUGAAGGCACUUGCUUCUGUUUUAAAGAGUAAAUCCUCGUAGGCUUUGGAAACUGCAUGUUACAUCAGGUUUUAAAAUCAAAUUCUACCUCGAUGUCGUCCGAAACCACCAAGCUGUAGUCUGUCAUCUCCAGGAAUAGUGUCAUCGGUCUUGAUUUUGCGUCCAUCAGAUUGCAGUCCCAAGUGUUUUCAAAUGGCCCAGAUAAACGCUUUGUGUUUAUCUUAAAUGCCCUUACAUUUCUGACUGAUUACACGUGAGGCACUCGAGCCAACGCAUGCUAAACCUUUGGUAUGGUCCGACACGUGUAGGUGCAACUGAGUGGUUUAGGACACACAGCACCUCCAAAGUUAACUCCAUUAUUCCUCAACAGCACUCUGGUGAAAGGAGACGCUUGACUGUCACUUUCCUGCUUUUAUUCACUCCCUAACACUUUCUUUUCAGCCGGAGUCCGGAGAAGACUACUAUGAAUAGACUCAACCAUUUGCCCUUUCCAUUUCAGCUUUUCCUCCCAUCUCUGUUCUUCCUGCAUAAACCUGACUCAUCUUUCUCCUCGAUGCUGUUCAGUGAACUUCUUUAUCAAGCAGGGUUGGCCUACCUGGAUUACCCAUUGUUUGUUAGCCCAGGGGAUGGAGGUUUCCAUCUCUGUGACGACAGCCGGGUUCACAGACACUCAGUAACUCUAAAGCCGCUUUAUGCUCAUCCCUACACCAAUGUUUGGUUGGAUUGUGAACAAAAAAAGACUUCCUCUUCUUCCUGCUCCAAAAUAUUGACUGAGAAUCCAAACCCUGACUCAGAGCUGUUGACGUUCCAUCCUGUCUUUUGUGUUCACAAGUUGUGAUAUGAAGUUACCAUGUGUUGUGUUGGAAAACUACCAAAGCAAUCAUGUGUUCUGAUCCUGUAAAGUGUGUGAUCUUGCAAAGAGAAUAAUCCUCAAGAGAUGGAAUGUGUUGCAUUUGAUUCUGGAGAAAAAUAAAUGUUCUUUUUUACACAA